UUUGCAGAGAGCAGCUUUGCAGAGAAUCACAGGGGGACCUCUCUCUUGUUUUCUGUCUGUCUUUCUUGUUAUUUCUAGCCUAGCGCUUCUUAAAACUAGAUCCAGUUUUUUUCAGCAGCCCUCUACCGAAUUUGAAACCCAGCGCACUCUCAGAAUGCCACUUCUUUUCAGAAUAAACUGCUUUUCUCGCAAUUUUUCACUCGAAUACCAGCGUCUUUUUUGUCAUCCACGGUGAAUUUAGCUCAGGUCUGACCCACUUUCAGCGUGUUUGCCUUCACAGCAUCCCAUGUGUUAGAGCGAGCCGCCAGUGGAGAUGUUUUCGGCAGGCGAGGAGGUUAAUUCCCGUUUGUUUACCUCAGUGAAGGAGUCCUCCGGAGCUGCAAUCUCCCCAACACUGGAGCUCAGUCUCACUACCAUCUACACCGUCCUCUACUCCUUCCUGUUUGUUUUCGUCUACCUGCAGCUCUGGCUCAUUUUGCACUACGGACACAAGCGCUUCAGCUACCAGAGCGUGUUUCUGUUUUUGUGUUUGCUGUGGGCAGCGCUGCGGACGACCCUCUUCUCUUUCUACUUUAAAAAUGUGGUGCAGGCCAACCAGCUGCAGCCUCUGGCCUACUGGCUGCUCUACUGCUGCCCUGUCUGCCUGCAGUUCUUCACUCUCUGCCUGCUCAACCUCUACUUCACACAGGUGAUGUUUAAAGCUAAAGCCAAGUAUUCACCAGAGCUCACCAAAUACAAGGUUCCUCUGCGUUUGUUCUUCCUGUGUCUCAGUAUAUUUUUCCUGGUGGUGAAUUUAACAUGUGCAUUGUUAGUGCAAGGAGCUCUGGAGCGCUCAGAGCCACCAAGCGAUGGGGGGAUCAGACAUGCAGUCCUGGCCCGGGUCCUGAUCAACGACACUCUGUUUGUCCUCUGUGCCAUCUCUCUGGCCGUGUGCAUCUUCAAGAUCGCCAAGAUGUCAUCUGCCAACGUUUACCUCGAGUCCAAGGGUACAUCAGUGUGCCAAGCGACCGCCAUAGGAGCCGUGGUGAUUCUCCUCUACACGUCCAGAGCCUGUUAUAACCUGGUGGUGGUGGCCCUGUCACCGCAGGACAGACCCAGUCCCUUUAAUUACGGCUGGUACAGCGUCUCUGAUCAGGCCGACGUGCAGGAGAUCAGCGGCGAGGCCUACAUCGUGUUCGGGAUCAUCCUGUUCUUCUGGGAGCUGCUGCCUACCAGCUUAGUGGUGGUUUUCUUCAGAGUCCAAAGACCCAACCAAAACCUGGCUCCAGGAGGGAUGAUCAACAGCCACAGCUUCAGCUCCAGGGCUUAUUUCUUUGACAAUCCCAGACGGUACGAUAGUGACGAUGACCUGUCCAGAAGCAUCAACAGUAGGAGUGAUCGAGCCAGUCUCCUGUCCACCACCCCCCAGCUGGGUACGUCUACCUGGUACGGCUCCAUCCAACGUAACAGCACUUUGGCGGCAGGCGUGGCGUCGGCCCAGCAGCCGCCAUCUUCCACGGCCCCCCUGCUCUUCGCCUACGGAAACAUCCAGAGUCACCAUCAUCACCAUCACAACUACUACUCCACCCCGCAGAACAACAACUACCACCACCACCACCACCACAGUAACUACUACUCCACGCCGCAGAAUUAUUACUGUGGAUCGCAGACGUACUUCUGCACCCCACAGAAUUAAGCAGGGUCCAUUCUAAAGACUGAAAAAACAAACCAACAACACUUACUUACUAAUGAUUCUGUGUUUUUGUCACCAUUUUUGCAACUUCACCACGAGAUUUCUGAAAGUGUUGGAUGAAGGUGUGCAUAAAGAUUGGCUCCCCAGGUCACUCUGGAGAAACGUGGUGGUUUAAGCGACCGGAGAGCCGGCGGGCCAUGAAAACCUGCAUUCUGAGGACUUGAGAACAUUGAAUGCGGCUAAAAACUGAAAAGCUUUCUGGUCACAUUUCAGACUGAAACCAGUGAACAGAUAAUCAUCGUUCUCGUCAUCCUUUUCCCCCCUUUACUUGUAAAUUUGACUCAAGUCUAUGGAGGGGACAGUUCUGCACACAAAGGGGGGAUAUGUAGCCAGGUUCUCAAGCUAACAUGGCUAAUGCUAAAGCUACAAUGGCCUGUCAGUCCACAUUUAAGGACAUAAAGAUAAAAUCAGCACUUGUUCAGCUGUUGUUGGGUUGCAUUAUUGUUUUUAAUGGGAACUUACGGUAAAUAUACAAUCAUUUAAAUUAGCAUGAAAAGGCUAAUCUAAGCUGGAAAAGCGCGUAGGAUGCUAAGUUUCAAUCUCUAUAAAAAGGAUUUUCUGGCUGAAAACUCGAUGAUAUGCAUCUACAAAGGGCAUUUCAUGGUGUUUCUUACUCUUUGGUUGGUGUAUUACAGAAAUGAGCUGUCUCUAAUUUGAGUGCUCACGUACAGCUAAUGCUAACACUUAGCUUAAGCUCAUUACUUGAAUGAAGAAAAUCUGAACCCAGAAAAAUCUAAACACACAAAGCCAAAAACUAUUGCCAAACUUGGUAAUAUUGUGUUGUUGGAGACAAGUUAUUCCAUUUAUGAAACUGUGAUUGUUAAUUAAAGGUGCCACACAAACAGAACGUUGCAUAAGCCCCAUUAGCAGGAUGCUAACUCGAUGCUACUUUACACAUAUGGCUUCUUGUAUAGUUUGACAUGUAAAAUAAGCUUACGAUUCUCAUAGCUGACUGUAAUCAAAAUACUGGUACAUUUAUUUAAGUGUUAGAUCAUUGAUGUAAAAUGCUUACAGCCCACGUGAAAUUCAAAUGUAGCUGCUAUAGGGGCGUCAUUGUCAAUCUCAAUAUCAAAAGCCUGGUCAGUAAGUCAAGAGGAACAGUUACCAGAAUAAGCCACGCUGCUGUCGGAUGAAAGCAUCUCACAGCAGCCAAAUCCAGGCUUCUUUAGCCACAAUUAUACAAUGGGAACCAUGUGAAAAUGUAAAACUGGAGCGCUUGAAUGUUGAGGGUUAAAACAUAUCAUAGCUUUAUGUCUGUGCAUCAUCUGGACCACAUCUAAUAGAUUACAGCAUCAAUGUGUGACCUACAUUCAACAUUGGAGUUAAACUGAGCACUUGGACUGUUCGCUCCAGGGUCUUUGAAGGGUCUUUGAAAAAUGUUUGUGACCAAAAAACCAUUAAAUCCGAUUCUUUGUGAGCUGUGAGGCAACAAUUUGCACUUAAAAGAGGUUCACCUUCAGAGAAAAAAGGCUGUGGAGCCUGAAUGUAGGGUUUUUUUCUUGUCCUAUCUUGUAUUUUUUCUUCUGUAAUCGUCUGUAUUCUUAAAAUUUACUAUUUGUCCUUUGAGAAAGGAAAAUAUCAAUGUGCCAUCACAUGUUGUCAUAUCUAAUAGUUUCAUUCCUUAAGGAAAAUAUUUUUGCACAAGAAUGACGUAUGUUUUUAAUUGUUUGUGUGUCUCCCAGCUAAUCGAUUUCUAAUCCAUGUGUGUUCGGUGACAUCUUGAGUCGGCGUGUGUGUGAUCUUAGACUUUUGUUUUUGAUGUUUAGUGGGUUUUUAUACAUGCAUUUUCAUUUUACACUGAUUUUUACUGUCUCAUUGAUUUCCCUCUGUCCCUCUGGUUUUUCAUAAUCUCACACAUUUUUUUUGAAUCUCAUGACAGACUGCCGCCUGUAAGCAAUACUUCACUUUUUGUUGUUGUUGUUGUUGUUGUUUAUGACCCAGUUCUCAGACCAAAAUCAGUGCAUCUGUGCUAACUAACUAAAAACAAAAAAAAAAAAAUAGGAAAAAAACAAAAAACAAAAAAAACGAUGUCCAUGUGUAUUUGAACACUGUGGUACUUCAGCUGUCAUGAAACUCAACCUGUAAAUGACCAUGUAGACUUCAUACAGGAAAACAAACAAACAAAAGGCAACGUUGCAGCCUGGACGUAAAAAACAAAUCAGCUUCUGGUGAAAUCAUUUAAUCUGCCGCUCAUGCUUUAAGAUCACAGUGUAACUGGACACUUUGAGGUGCGGUGGAGGAAGCGAAGCUCUUGUUCUUGGGUCCAGCUGCUCACCUGCGGUGCAGAAUGCAUGUUUCUGCACCAGACUACAAGAGCUCAGUGUCUUCUGUUUUUCUUUCUUUGUUUUUUUUUGCAGGAUGGUAUUAUUUGUUAAAUGUUACUUGCUCUAUCUGCUCCAAAAAGGCAGAGGUAAAUGUUUAACGAAUUGUUUUACGUUCUGACUCGUUUUAUCCGUGGCCAUACUGAAUGUAACCUAUUGUGCAACAGAUCACUAAUGAUGUAUGCAAGACAAGCACUACCAUGUUUAAAUAAAGGCCUACUGCACUGUUUUUAAGACGAAAGCAAA